AUGAGUUUUCGGGAAAAUCCGCAUUUUCAAGAGGCAGAGGAACAUAUGCUGGAGCCGUUAAUAAGGCUACCACUUGUAGAUGCACUUCGAAGAAUUUCAUCGAAACAGGAUACACACUGUGGAUUUUUUGAGUCGCAAUAUUAUCAUUGUUUGGAAGCUUUCGGACAAAAACUUGGCCGGAAGUACUGCGAUUUGGAGCGUCGAGAUUUCAAUGAAUGCAUUACAAAUUACAAACAAAAAAAGCGUGCUGAAUGGAUCAGAUUGCAAUACAAACUGCACUGGGAUGUCAAAAAGCACGGACCACUUCCAGAAGGUCCAAAACUUGGUGAAUGUUAUCCGGAUUAUUUUUCGCACAAUCCUCCAGAUGCAAUCCAUUAA